AUGGAAAGCGACGAUAAAAGUGAGAUCAAAAUCAAGGAAAAGCUUAACCUUCACGUCAAGAAACGAUUGCAGGAAACGGCAAAAGAAGGAUCGCACGACAAGCACGAUUCGAAGGAAAAGAGCAGCGCUACGGCAGGAACAACAAAUGCGCCCGGUGCCACACGGCCCAAAAGACAGAAAACGAAAAAUGGUUCUAAAUGCACACCGAAUGCAUCAACGCCGGGUGUCGUUGGUUCUAUUCCUCCGGCAGGAGUACGUCCGAGCGAUUUUCUACUCUCGCCUGGAGCUGCAAACAGUAACGACACUACAAACAGUAGCAUCAAUUCCACUGAUCAGGACGGUGAGUUGAAUGACCGGGAUGCAUGUGAUAGGGUUGAUAAACCGGCCAAGUCCAACCAGCGGAUGGAUAUAUUUGCGAUGAUAUUGAAUCAAAAAAAGAGUUCACUGAUGUGUGAUCCAGAGGUGAUUCAGUUAAUGAAAACUCUAACCGAAAGCAAGAAAUGACCAUCGUUAGUCGAUGUCCUCGC